AGAAGACACCUCGUCGUCAUCGAUUGAUCGAUAGAUCUAACCUAGCCCAUACCAACCUCGCCUCCUAUGGCGGCAAUGCUAACCAAAAGCAUCGCCGUCUUGGCGUUGCUGCUCUGCGCCUCCACCGUCGCCGAAUCAAUUAAGUGGACGAUGUUUCCCGUCCCAUGGGGUCGCGGCGCCAUGGCGGCGUCGAAGUUCCAGGAGGCAUCUUCACCCGCGACAGCUCCGUCGAAGCCGCCCGUGGAGGCCCCAAAAAGUCGUGGUGUCCAGCCGUUGAUGCCGACGCCUGCCAUGGCGCCCGUGCCGCCAGCCACCACACCGUCAUACAGCGCGCCCAUGCCGACGCCCGCCAUGGCGACCGUGCCGCCCACCGCCUCUCCUUCAUCAUCCAACGCGCCUACGCCGACGCCCACCUUAUCGUCUGGUCAGCCAGCGCCAGCGCCGGCGCCUGUGAACACGGUGCCCGUGUCGGCGCCAGUGCAGGCCCAAUCUGGGAGCCCCUUGGCAGCGCCCGUGCAGGCCCCCUCUGGGAGCCCCGUGGCAGUGCCAGUGCAGGCGCCCUCUGGUAGCCCCUUGGCGGCGCCCGUGCAGGCGCCCUCUGGUGUCCUCGGCCUCGGGUCGGCGCCUGUGCAGGCACCUUCUGGUGGCCCCGGGGCGGCGCCGAUGCCGGCUUCGUCUCCGAUGCUGUCUCCGGCUGCAGCGCCGGCUCUUGGUCCAGCGAUGGCAGCUCCUGCGCCUGGACCGAGCACGCGUGGUCUUUCUGCUUCGGGGCCGAGCGCGCCUGGUCUUUCUGCGUCGGGGCCGAGCAUUGAGGCUCCUGCGCCGGGGCCGAUCCGCCCGAUCGUGCUGGCUCUUUCUCCGGCAACGGCAGCUCCUGCGCCGAUGCCCGCGCUUCCACUGCCGCUCCCUGUUACGCCUCCUGCUCCCACUGCGCAACCCCCUGCGUUGACACCAGCCAUACCUGCUCCAGUGCUUCCUUCAGCGCCAAGUCCAGCGCCGGUUGCCGCCCUCGGCUCUCUGUCUCCGUCUCCGUCACCGGCACCAACGACGCCGAUCACGCGGGAUUCUACGACGACUGUCUCGGGCGCCAAUCUGGCUGCUCCCAUGGGAGCAAUGGCGAUUGCCGCAGCGCUUGCCGUUGCACUGUUUUAGGCUGUUCUGUUUUGCCCUUGGUUAGCUUAAGUAGGUGGUUCAGUUAGUAGUACUUGGGGCUAGUGAUAUACGUACUAAAGUAGUUGUCAUUACCCACUUCACAAAUUUUUACAUCGUGCAAAUUUUUGGUUGUACGUACUAUUCUGUUACGUGCAUUCGAUCCGACUCGACAGAGAGGAAAAUUAAAGUUUUCGUUCUCAGAU